GUGACAGUAACUUGGGGAUAAACCGCCUACCCUUCGCUGCCUUGAUUGUCUUGUUUUGUCCAGUGUGUGCCUGGUGGUGGUUUGUGAAAUUGCUCUGCCGAGCUCUUGAUGACGUGUGCCGUUUACAUCCAGGUUGAUGCAGAAUGGCUGACGAGAACAGACAAAUCAAACUAGCUGCGGCCAAGAAAAAGCUGAAGGAGUAUCAGCAGAAAACCACCCCAAUAUCAAAUGCAGGGGCCAAGAAAAAGAGGAAGGUGCGAGACGGGAGCCGUCCAGACACCCCCUCCAAUGACAGACACUCCCCUGACAAUAUUCAGAACAUUCUGAAGGUGUUGGUGUCUGAUCUUUGUCUCUCUAAUGGGGUAGCAGUACCUCCAUUGGAUAAAGGCCAGGCCUACACUGAUGGUGAAGUGGGCAGCCCCCCCAGCGGACAGCUGGUUGAGGACACGCCUGGCGUGUUGUUUCACGCCUCCAUUGUGUCUAACAGCAGCAGCAGCAGCAGCACUAGUGCUACUAACUCUGAGUGUGUAACCUCGUCGCUUCACUGUGAACCCAACUUGCAGAACCCCAGUGCAAAUUGCAAUGAAAACUCACAGGAUGAAAGCAGGCCUCCUGUCUCCUCCACGGAAAGCCUGCGACAGCUCUCCCAACAGCUGAAUGGCCUGCUGUCCGAGUCAUCUUCAUCCUACGUCAACGGGGAUAGUGCAAUAACAACUGCCAAUGAAAAGGAGCUGGAGACACGAAACCAGGAGCUGGCAGCUGCCCUAGACUCCAGCAAUCUAACAAACACACAGCUCUCUACAAAGAUAAAUGAACUGAAGCAGCAAUCCCAGGAACUCACAGACCAAAUGCAGAAGGAGCAUAAGGAAUUUGAACAGAAGUUCUUAAAAGAGCAGGGAGCUAUGCGCGAGCAGCUGCAGGUUCAUAUCCAGACGAUUGGAAUCCUGGUGUCUGAGAAAUCAGAGCUACAAACAGCACUUUCCCACACACAGCAGGCUGCAAGGCAGAAAGCAGUGGAGGUAGAGGAACUUGGCAACAGGCUUCAGUCAACCAGACAACGAGUGGGAGAGCUGGAAAGAACCUUGUCCUCUGUGUCCACGCAGCAGAAACAGUUUGAAAAGCAUAAUAAAGAACUGGAAAAGGAACGGGACAGCCUUAAGCUUGAAGUUUACAGAUUGAAUAAAGUGAGCGAGGAGGUGAAACAGGAGACCUCAGAGCUGUCAGAGCAGCUGCGAUUGAGAGUGAGUGAGAACUCUGCCAUGAAACUGGACAUCGAGGACUUGCGCAAGAAGCUUGAGAUGGCUGAUCUCAUGAUCCAGCAGUUUUCCAGCCAGUCGGGACCUCCAGAUGCCAACCAUCAACUUCAUAUGGUGAUGGAGGAGAAGCUGCAGCUUGAGGCACAGCUGGUACAGGUGAUGGAAACCAUACAGCAGCUUAAAACAGAGAGAGAUCAGUAUGCAGCACAGCUAAAAGAAGAGGGUAACACCUGGAAGGAGAGGGUUGAGCAGCUGGUUGCUCAGGUGAACAUUCUUUCAGAGGAGAAGGAGAAGAGCCUGGUCAAGACCCAAGAGCUAGAAGCUUUAGUUACAGAGUUGCAGAACACCCCUGCCCAGAUGUCCCAAGAGAGUGUGCCCCAGGCUGCCCCUCAACCCGAGGGACCUACUGAGAGUGAGGCUGCUCUGCAGGAGGCUGUGAACUCACUGCAGCAGGAGAAGGAAGCCCUUGGAAACCAGCUCCAUGCCCAGGUACGAGACAACGAGCAGCUGAGCCGACUGUGUCAGGAGAAGGAGGAGCGCAUGCUGGAGCUGGAAUGCAUGGUGCAGCGCUUCAAUGACAGCUCGGUGGACCACCAGCAGAUCCUGGAGGACAUGCAGAGCGACAAGGCCACCAUCAGUCGGGCCCUGGCACAGAACAGAGAGCUCAAAGAGCAGCUAGCAGAGUUGCAAAAUGGAUUUGUCAAACUGACCAAUGAGAACAUGGAGCUGACCAAUGGGCUGCAGUCAGAGCAGCAUGUGAAGAAGGAGGUGGCCAAGAAGAUGGGGCAGCUGCAGGAGGAUCUGCACCAAGUGAAGGAACAGAUGGAAGUCAAAGUGCAGGAGGCCACAACUCUCCUGGAGCAGAGGGAUCAGUAUUUCACACACCUGCAGCAGUACACAGCUGCGUACCAGCAGCUGGUGGCUGAGAGAGAGGAAUUGCACAAGCAGUACCUGCUUCAGACACAGCUGAUGGACCGGCUGCAGCAUGAAGAGGUCCAGGGCAAGGUGCAGCUGCAGGUCACCCAGAAAGAGCUGAAUCAGGCCAAGGAGAACCUGAGCCAAUUGUUCAAAGAGAAUGAGGAAUUGAAAGCAGAGGUCCAAGAACUACAUGCAAAUACAGGGCUCAGCACAUUGCCAAGAGAUCAAGGUGACGGUGUUGAGAGUAAAGCUUUGCCUGAAGGAUUUGAGAAAAUGCCUAUUGCAAUCCCCGAAGACUUCGAGAGCAAGGAAGAAAUGGCUGCCUUCCUGAAGUCUGCCCUGUCUCGGCUGGAGAAUGAGAGAGAUGAGAUAAGCCAGCAGUAUGCUGAGCUGAAACGGCAGCACCAGGCUGUCAUCCAGCAGAUGACAUCGCUAAGGAGCGAGCAUCAGCAUCACACUAUAGCCGCUGCAGGCUCAGGUGGGGAUGGAGUUCCAGUGGAGGUACAUGAAGCCCUGAGAGCAGCAAUGGAAAAACUGCAGUCUAGAUUCACAGCGCUGAUGCAGGAGAAGGUAGACCUGAAGGAGAGAGUGGAGGAGCUAGAGCAUCGCUGUAUACAGCUCUCGGGAGAAACAGACACAAUAGGGGAGUACAUCGCCCUGUAUCAGAAUCAGAGAGCCAUCAUGAAGCAGAGGAACACUGAGAAGGAGGAGUAUAUCAGUAUGCUGGCCAAGGACAAAGAAGAGAUGAAGGUGAAGCUUGGGGAGUUACAAGAUCUGGUGAUGCGGUUGGUUGGCGAGAGGAAUGAAUGGUACAGCAAAUAUAUCAGUUCAGUACAGAACCCGGAUGUGAUUGCCAGCAACAUAGAGCCCAGUGUCCCUGCUGAGAGGCGCAUCGAGCUAAAUGCCACUGACGGAGAAGAAAUGCCAGAAGUGAGUUUGUCAGAUGAGGUGGCUGGAGGCAAGUUGGAGCAGAGUCCAGCUGCCCAGGAGGGGAAGCCUAGACAGCAGGAAGACAGGACCACCCGUCAGAUCAUGCAGCUGCUGCAGGAGAUCCAGAACCCUCAGGCCCGGACCAGCUCCUUCUUCGGGGAGAACCCCUGCAUCCCCUUCUUCUACCGGGCCGAUGACAACGACGAGGUUAAAAUCAUGAUCGUCUGAGCUGAAAACGGGCUGCAGUUUGCAUAGCAGUGUAGGAACCCAACAAACUCUAAAAACAACACGGCAGACACCAACAAAAACAUGGUCACUGUUUGUCUGAAUUCUUUCUGACUGUUUCAUAACUUGGGUGGUUUUGUUGUUUUAAACCAAUGAAUUAUACGUUUUUCUGAUUUCUGCCAUCAAAGUUUUAGUUCUGUGCCAUCAGUUUAAAAGAAACAUUUCCCAGCUAGAUGAAAAAUUACACACAUUUAAAAUGUUUUAUGUGCAGCGUUCUACAUUCUUCAGGAGACAUCAAAUAGAUUUAAUAAGUUAUCCAAUUGUGCACAAUGGCAGCAUCAAAAGCAGCAUUCUUAGAAUAGGAAUCCUUAAAAAUGACCACAAAACACUGCUAAGGCUUCAGUGUUUUACUGUAUUUUUUUCUGCAGCUUGGUAUUGGUGAAUUGCAAAGUCUUGCACCCUCCAUUGUAUUCAAGCAUGUAUUUGGAGUUGGGAAUUCAUAUCACUACAGACUACAGCUGAUCUGCAUUAGUCUCAGAAUAGGAACCAUAAACACUGGAUUAUGACCACUGUCAAUUUCUGCCUGUUGACAGGAUAGUUUGUCCAGAAAUUAUAUCUUGCACACUAAAAUAACUAAGAUUGUCCUGCAUGUAAUUCUGCAGGUUAUUUUGGGGUUCCUUGGUUCCUGGCUUGCAUACAAAUUGCCUUGUGUUAUUGGCAAAUAAGAAAGGCACUUUGUACUCAUGAAGAGGUCCACCAUAAUAAAUACUUUGUUUUUGAAAGAUUUAUUUAAAGGAUUGUUGAAUAAAAAGAUAGGGUAUAGCAAGAAUAUUUCCUUUUUGUUUUUGUGUUUAAAAAAAAAAAAAAAAAAAAAAAAAAAAAAAUCUAGGGUAAUAUUUUCACAAGUAACAAACAUUAAGCCUUUAAAUUGUAGUAAGUUUUCAUGAGGCAGGGUGCAUAAACUAUGAACUUGGGUGAGAAGAAUGAUGACACUAAAGGUCAGAGGUGGCUGGUGACAAGGAAGAUACCAUUUUGAACAAUGAGGAGACUAUGGGCCGCACACUUUGCUCUUGUCGUAUACAUUGAUGUAAUGAAGUAAUUGAUGGAAGUACUCUAAUGAAGAAAUUUGAGCUUUGGGUGUUAAUAUGGCAUUUAAGAUGUGAUUACCCAGGCAUUAAUACUCAAAUUUGUAUGAUUUAUGAGCAGAAUCAAUUUUCAGUGGUCUUGCACUGGUCAAUGCAGUCCUAAGAAGAGGUACAGCAUUUUAUUUAAAAGCCUUCAUUGUCGCUACUGUUUUAAAUACCACAUUAUUUAAAAGUAUGAUCACAUUUUUUUGUACCCCUUUAAAAAUAUGUGCUGUGUGGAUAUCUAAAUCUUUUAAACUUUAGAAUUCACGAUUUCAGUAGUGUUUGAGAAAAGUCUGAAGAAAGAUUGUGUAGUGAAAAAGAAAAUGUAACUUCUGUUCUGACAAUGCAGAUUUUUGUGUCAAGUGUUGGGUAAGAUUUAAUUUACCCAGUACUUGAGUGCAACAGUGGAAGAUAUAAUGGGGCUUGGUGUAGCACUCUGUGCUCCUUUACUGUGUAAUUUGCAGCACACAAAACCUGGUACAUAAUGAAUAGGCUUUGUUCUGUAAAUGCACAGGAUUGAAUGUGCAAUUUUGUGAAGAUUGGCACUGGGAUUAGAAUAAAAAAAAUUCUUUCAUGGGAAAAGGUUACUGGAGGUAUGUUAGAAGUAAUGAUGAAGGUGUAGGGAAAUCAUGCAAGUUGAUUUCUUUUGUUUGUUUUUUCCUGGAUCCAAAGAGCACUGGAACUGGACAUGCUUACAGGCAUGUGAUAACUAUCCGUAAAUGUUUGUGUUUUUUCACAGAAGACUAAUCUGCGUUUUCCUACAGUGGACAGUCUCACUUGGCUGAUGUUGCUGUUCAGGGUCAUUUGUAGAAUGCCAUGGGAAAGUUGAAGGCCUUGAUAAAAUAAUCCAAUUGUAGGCUGUAUUUUUAUCUGUUUAGCCUGUGAUUAUUUGGAGUCAUUCUUACAAACUGUGUUUCCAUUGGCUAGCCAUUGCCAUUACUUACCCUAAUUUAUAUUUCUAGUGUUUCAUAGCCUUUUAGUGUCUUGUGUUGAUUCAUCAUCCAGAUUAUCUUUAUCUUUAUUUUAUAGACUCUCAGUUGCUCCAAACACUACUGCAUUUUGCUGUCUAAAAAUGGAGGCUUAUCUGAUAAUACCAAAUGUAUUUUACAAUAUAAAACACUUUUCCAGCCUCUGAUCUUAGGAUGUGAUUAAGGAAAUGGGUUCAAGCCUUGUUUCCAUGAGGCACACAGUAUUCCUGCAAUGUGCCCAACUGCAAUUCAUCUUCUGAUGGCCGAAAAGAUUAUGAUGCCAUCGCAAAAUUCAACUGGACUCAAUUGUUUGAGGGGCCUAUUUUUAUUUUUGGAAGAUUUGAGACCACCUUGGUUCCAAAACUAUUAUGAACUUAACUGGCUGUGUUAUAUACAUGUGUGUAAGAAGUGAUGCAACUGGAUCCUGGCCCUAGUUCUGUUAUUAAAAUGAUUAGGGGAAAGGAAGUCUUCUGUAAAAUAAUUCUGUAAAUACUGUAUCUGUGUAACAUACUGUAUAUUCAUUGAGUAGUUUAAACAAAAAAAAAAAAAAAAAAAGGUUUGCAUCCUUUUCUGCUGCUCUGGCAUUAUUUACCUGUAAAUCUAAUCAGAGGUGGCUGGGGGGGUGAUUUAAUAUUCAGGGUUUAAACUAAAAAACUCUUAAAUACUCAUAUUUAUUUACAAUACACAUCCGUUUAAACGAAUGUGAAGAGAGAUGCAAUAAUAGGGAAAAAGCAAUUGUCUGCAUUAUAUUUCUGAAAUGAUUAAUCCUGUUUAGAAUUCGUUUUCUGAAUAAAACUGAUCCAGCAAAUCUGUUAAAUCA